UCACUACAGGGACGUCGGGGCAUGUUUGAGACGAGAUAACAAACGUCCCAGCCGGGAAAGGAAGAUUCAUCAGUCAAAAAGUGUGGGGGCGAUGCAUUGCAAAUGGUGAAUGUAGUCAAUAUUGCAGGAGCGCACAUCUCGGUGGGCGUUUUCGCGUUACUUCUUCAAAAAAGACAUUCUCCAAUGGAAAGCAACGCAAAAGAAGAGCUCUCAUGUUGUAACGGCAUGGAUUUAAGAGUGCUGGUAGUAGUGUUCAGCAUGGUUGCCUCUGAACUGUCUCACGUUCACACUAGACCAAUUGACUUUGUGUGUGACAGUGAGGCCAGAAGAAUGAUGAACAAGGUGAAGGACUUACAAGUGGAAAUGGUAGUCUGCAGUGCUGUUGAUUCUCUGCCGUCUGAUAUUAAAUUACCAUGCAUCAGAAUUCACAAAGCAACCUGGGAGAGAAAAUCAGUGCAUGAGCAGAGGGCUGAGAUCCUGCUGUCUUUGGGGACUCUAGCGCAGGAUGUGCGGUCUGCCAGGACACUCAGCCAACCUGGCUGUGGACUCACUCUGCUGGAGCGCUUGGAGCACAGUAUCAACAACUACUUGCACGUAGUAAGACUACUCCACAUUGAGGGGGAGCAGGUAGGGCCCCAGGCAGAGCUAUGUCUGGGUCGGCCCUCUAAGGAUUUGGGUUUGGUGUUGAAGCACUUUGGGUUUCUGCUAACUGGCAAGCUGGAGUGGCUCAUUGCAGAGAUGGCAAAGGGGUGCGAGGACUGAAAGACUGACUUCUAAUCUUGUAUAAUGGGACCAGACAGGCCCAAUCGAUUUUAACAAUGGUCCAACUUCAAGACAAUGGUGGGCCAUGCACUUUGCCAGAGAUCAGAGACUUACUGAGGAGAAAGUACAUGAUCCAUAAACGACAACACUGUGCCAUCUGCUGGAUCAUAGCUGAACUGACUCACCUGUUGAGAGGCACCUACUGAACUUUUAAAACAGACCAACUGUUCUGAACUGAAUACAGUUUCUGGUGAGUGCUUAUAUAUCACAGAUUCUAUUUAUUUAUUUUAUAGCCUGCAUGAAGGUUGCGUUGACUCUACAUGGUGUGAUAGCACAUGGAAGAUAACUGUGACAGAAUGUGUGACAAUGCGGAGGUAGUGCGGUGCACACACAGGAAGGGACACUUUAUCUAUACACUCCAGGUUAUAAUUAUCACAUGUUUUUGUAUAUAAUACAUUUUGUGUAAAAAUACUAUUUACAAUAUUUUGUAAAAAACAACAACUUGUAAUUAAUCCAAAGAUUAAGACAUAACAGAGUCAAAGCAUCAGUGACCAAAAUAUUUAAGAAAAUAUUUUAAUAUAUUCUCUUUUAAAUAUGUUUUUUUCUCCUCUCUUGUAAUGUCAUCCACAUUUUGUAAAAUGUAUCUCUUGUAAGAGUUUUUUUUUUUUAUGUACAUAUCUAAAUAUUUAAAUAUAUUUUCAUUUAAUUUGUGUUGUGGAUUCUGAACUCAGAAUUUAGCUUUGAAAUGUACAGUAUGUAUCUGUAGUGUAUGCACUAUACAGACAGUUUUACUGCAGUGGAUUUACUAGUAGAAAACAUACAAUACUGUUCAGAAAUUUGGAGAAAUAGUCAGAAAUAUAAAAAAAAGGAUUUUCAUUCGGCAAGGUCACAUUAAAUUGAUCGAAUGUGAACGCAAAGACGUUUAUAAUAUUACAAAAGAUUUCAAAUAAAUGCUUCUUU